GACUCCUCUCCUCGCUAUUCGCCCGGAGCAGCCAAGAGGUUCCUCCCGCUCGGCUCCAAAAGGGUUAAUCCGAAACUACAGAGCCAAGAUUCCUAGAGCGGAAGGGGGGGGGGUUCCUGCGCGAGAGGAGGAGGUUCCGCUUCCUGUUCCUCUCCUUCCUUCCUGUGGGACGCAGCUGCCUGACGUGGAGGGGCCUCUCCCUUCCUCUUCUCCCUUGCGGAGGAGCUUCUCCCGUUCUUUCUCCGCCGGGGGGGGGCUGCCUCUCCUGCCGCCUCCAGGUCAGAUGCGGGGAAGGAGAGACGGAGGAAGGAGGAGGAGGAGGAGGAAUGGAUUGGUGAGCUUCGACGAGGUGUCUGUGCAUUUCACCAACGAGGAAUGGGCCUUGCUGGAUCCGGGCCAGAGAGCUCUGUACGAGGAAGUCAUGGAGGAGAUUCGUGAGAUGGUGACAUCUGUGGGAGAUGUUUCAGAGUUCCUGACUGAAGGAGAACAAUCAGAACCAUCACGUGAAGGAGCUGAGGAGCAGAAGGAGCAACGGAAACAGCGGGUUCAAGUUGGAACCUACAGAAAGGAGGGGACCCAAAUGCAGAAGGUGGGGAGGGAAUCCACUGCUUCUCAGGUUAAUGAAAAUCAGAUUUGCAGAGGGAAGCAUGAAUGUACUGUGUGUGGAAAGAGAUUUCCUUAUCGCUCAAUGCUUGCUUCACAUCAAAGAGUGCACUCGGAUGAAAAACCAUAUAAAUGCUUGGAGUGUGGAAAGAGUUUUAGUCAGAGUGGUAGCUUUACUUCACAUCAAAGAACUCAUACAGGGGGAAAACCUCACAAAUGCUGGGAGUGUGGAAAGAGUUUUAGUAAUAGUGGCUCCCUUACUUCGCAUCAAAGGACUCAUACAGGGGAGAAACCUCAUAAAUGCUUUGAGUGUGGAAAGAGCUUCAAUCAGAUUAGCUCCCUUAGUAGGCAUCACGCAAUCCACACAGGGGACAAACCGUAUGAAUGCUUGAAGUGUGGAAAGUGUUUCCGUCAGAGGAGCAGCCUCACUAGACAUGAAAGAACUUAUACAGGGGACAAAUUGUGUGAAUGCUUGAUGUGUGGAAAGAGGUUCCAUCAUGGGAGCAUCCUCACUAGACAUAAAAGAACUCACGCAGGUGAAAAACCAUACCAAUGUUUGGACUGUGGGAAGGGCUUCAGGCACAAAGGCACCCUCACAAAGCAUCAAAGAAUUCAUACAGGGGACAAACCUUAUGAGUGCUUGGAGUGUGGAAAGAGCUUCACUCGCAAAGACUCCCUUACUUUGCAUCAGAGAAGUCACACAGGAGAAAAGCCUUAUAAAUGCUGGGAGUGUGACAAGAGCUUCCGUGACAGUGGUGCCCUUACUCUGCAUCGAAGAACUCAUACAGGGGAAAAGCCUUAUAAAUGCUGGGAGUGUGGCAAGAGCUUCCGUGAGAGUGGUGCCCUUACUCGGCAUCGAAGAACUCAUACAGGGGAAAAGCCUUAUACAUGUUUUGAAUGUGGAAAGAGCUUCAGUCAGAGUUGUCACCUUACUGAUCAUCAAAGAACUCAUACGGAGGAGAAACCUCAUUAAUGCUUUGAAAGAUGCUACAACAGCAGCAAGAAUACUUAUUGCAAAGUAUUGGAAGACACAAGAUUUACCCACCCGGGAAGAAUGGCAGAUGAAGCUGAUGGACUA